UUAUAUAAAUUAUUAAUAAUAUUAAUUAUUUUAUAAAAAAAGGUAGAAUUCUAAAAGCCCGCUAAAGUACUUUUAUGUUGUAAUUAAAUUACUUUUUAAAGCAAUAAAGCAAUUUUAAAGCAAUGUAUAAUGAGUAAAAGGCAUUUAUUGAAGAUUUUUAACCAUAUAAAGUUGUGUCGCUAUUUCAAAAUGUCUCAAAUAGAUCCUGAAAAGAUUUCUGACAUGCGAAUUGAUUACAAUUUAAGUAGAUUACCAGAUGAUAUGCUUCCAGCCAAAGAUCCUUAUUUGCUAUUUCAGUUAUGGUUUCAGGAAGCUGCUAAUAACCCUGGUAUAAAAGAAGCAAAUGCAAUGAACUUAGCAACUGCCUCAAAAGAUGGUGUUCCUUCAGCGCGAUGGGUUCUUUUGAAAGGAUAUUCAAAUAAAGGUUUUCGUUUUUUUACCAAUUAUGACAGCCAAAAAGGAAAAGAACUUAAUGAAAAUCCAAAUGCGGCAUUGACAUUUUAUUGGGAACCAUUACAAAAGCAGAUUCGUAUCACUGGAAGAGUGGAAAAAAUUUCAAAAGAAGAAUCAACAGAGUAUUUUCAUUCAAGACCAUUUGCUAGUCAAAUCGGAGCUCUUGUUAGCUGCAAUCAAUCUUCAGCUAUUCCAUCAGAACAAUACCUUGAAGAACGAAGAAAAAAAUUGACAGAAGAAUUUAGUGGAAAAGUUGUUCCAAAACCAGAUAACUGGGGUGGUUAUUUGUUGACACCAAAAGAUUUUGAGUUUUGGUGUGGUGGUUCGGGUCGCAUUCAUGACCGGAUUAAAUUUGUUCAGUCAUCAAAUUAUGAACAUCAACAAACUGGAGAAAAUGGAUGGUCAUAUGUUCGACUAUCACCUUGAAUACGUAACUUAAAUUUACUUUUGAUUAGUGCUUUUAACAGCUAUAUAUAAAUAAAGCUAUGUUUGUUAUUAUUGUCAAAGCUACUUUUAGAUCAAAUUUUUAAACAAAUUAUCUCCAUUAUAACUUCGAAUUACUAUUGUAAUAUUUUUAAUUAGAUUAAAACAGGAAAUAUCAAUUAAAAGUGUUUUUGAUUGUAUUUUUCAUAAGAUGACUAAAUUGAUGUUUUUCAUAAGAAGAAGAAUUAAUAAA